UCGGUCGGCAUAGCGUGGCGUCGGGUUAGUGCGACACGCUCCGCGGCUAGACGUGGGGCAGGUCGGCCAGUGUUGCAUAAUGCGCGCCCCGAGCCGCCAGCCAGCUCGCAGGCCGCGGGACCCCGCCAGCGCCUAGCUGUGGGCCUCCGCGCGACUCGCUCCCGGCUCCGCCAGCCGACAUGAGAUCGGUGCGCUGGCUGCGGCCUAUUGUACCCUUGUUGACGCUCCGUAUCCUGCUGGAGUACAUCAAAUCGCUUGACAUCGCAAUAUAACACAAAUCAAACCUGACCAGUAUAUACCAAAGACACUCGAUACCUUAAUCCCGGAAAUAACGUUAAACGAAAUAGUUCAUAAGGAAGCCUGAAAAAUGAGCCCUAUUAUACUUCUACGUUAAAUAAAAAAGGACAUCAAAAUCAUCAAAAUGAGACUGUCAACCAGUGAAGAAAUUCCCAGUACGACGGUGGGACGUACAGCCAGUCCUAACGUUAGCGCCGUAGCCAGUAAUGACGCCUACGAUGUGACCAGAAUGAAGGAAGAAGAGUUCGAAAGGCUCACCGUGUACAUUGUACCAGAUGUUCCUUGCGAACGCGGAGUACUAAACAGAGCCGAGAGAACUCUGCCUCGCAGUUUGGCUUUAAGACCCUCUGCAGUAUUAUCUACGCCGAAUACACCGACUGAAGGUGUUUGGAGCACCGGUGUUAUACCUCGAGGAACAAGAUUCGGGCCAUUUGAAGGUACACGAACACCCAAUAAACCAAAUGACAAAGUAUCGUGGAGAUAUUACUGGAGGGUACAAGAAACUGUCAGACAUCAUACUUAUGGAAAUAUUAAGAUAUUUAAGGACAGUGACUAUUAUUACCUGGAUGGAUCAGACACAAGUGUAGCCAAUUGGAUGAGAUACGUGGCGUCAGCCUACUCGCUAUCCGUAAUGAAUCUCGUUGCCUGCCAACACCAGGAGCACAUAUAUUUUUACACUAUAAGGGAUAUCAUGCCAAAUGAAGAACUUAUGGUAUGGUACUGUAAGGAUUUUGCAACCAGGUUGGGAUACGAUAUUGACCCAGAAAGAGCAACAUACUCAAUAUGUAAAGAAGAAACAAUCAAAAAAGCUUAUGGACUACCUCCUGCACCGGUACACCCUGAAAUAGCUUUCAAUCACAUGAAAUAUGUUCUUGGUCUAACAAAUACAAAAGAACUGUUAGAAGCCGAAGUCCCAAAUCGGCGAAGAAAACGCGAAGCGAGUGAUAAACCACUUGAAGCUACAGCUAUGCUACAAAGAGAUGACCCUAGAUGUAUGAAUAAAAAUGAAAGGCUUGUUGCUAGAAUGGAUCUAUCUACAAACGGAAUAAUUCCGAAAAUAGAAAACCCACACUUUAUGAAUGAGCAACGGCCGAUAUCGCCAAGCUCGUUGAUGCAACCACCAUCUCCUAAAAUACAUCACAGAGAUCAAACUUUAAUAAUACAUCAACACAAAGAAAGUACAUCUCAUGUAGUCAUACACCAGAUGGAAAGUCCUAGAAUUCAUAACAACAGAUCACCAGUAUUAAACCAUAAUCAACGUGAUUUACGUGGACCUUCACCAAUGGCUUUAAACCACUCAGAAAAAUUUGGAAGCAAGUCACCAAGUCUUCCACACUGCGUUCCCUCUCAUUAUGAACACCAACUAACACCUAAUGAUGGUUCUGUUAGGUCUGAUGAAGGUUAUCAUAGUAAUGGUUACCAUGACGAGUUUACUCCACCAGAAGAUUCAAGUGAUUCUGAUGUUGAAAAUUAUGUUUUAGAUUGCUCAAAUAAAACAAACGAGCCCAAAGAGACUGUUAUCGUUCAAAAAGUUGACCAAGAUAUGCAUCGAAAUGAAUAUCGAAAGGUCAAAAUAAAAAUGCCAAGAGCAUAUCAAUAUCAAAAUCAUAAAGAUAUGGAUUGCGAAAGUGAAAAGGAGUUAAUUAUUUCUGAGGAACUAGCUAACACUUCACCACAAAACUUGUCACCACCCCGACGUGACCCAGCGACUUCAACAGUUAUUGUGUUAGAAUCUUCACAAAAUACUGUAGUUCCUUUAAGUAAACCAUACUAUGAAGAUGGUGCAUUAUCACCUUCCCCACAACCCGCAUUUAUGAGAUACUCACCACCAGAUACAAGAAUUUUGGAAACCAUUCUUACCGGAAACAGAAUUGAUACUAACAAUAACGAUCCAAACAGAAGACAACCAAAUGCAACACCACCUCCAUCAUCUCCGACUGAAAUGGCAUAUUCGUACAAGAAAAGCCAAAGGUAUGGAAAUGCUUGUAGUCCUGACUCUAGCUCCAAUUUGACACCUUUACCAUCUUUACUGCCCCUACCUCAACAACUUCCCACACCUAACUCGGUGUCAUUGUAUUCAUCUUCUCCGCCGCACUCUAUACCCCAUACAACGGAAAUACGAGAAAUUCGAGAGAUAAGGGAAAUAAGAGAAACGCGUUAUGAAAGUCAUUAUCCAAAUUAUUCUUAUAGUUUAUACUCGCCACCAAAUUCCACCAUCAUCACGCAACUUGGAUCUCCACCCACUACAUAUUCACCAACGGUUACAUCAUCACAUCAAUACGAGAGGAAUCAAAACGGGCAAAAUAACCACCAUUAUCCAUCUUCAACUAGUGUUAUAACACUAAAAAAUUGUUCCCAGUUAAGUUUAAUCCAAAAUUCCAACGUGAAUGGACAACUUGUACCACAACAUGGCAGCUUGAGCCCUGACGGUUCAUGCAAUUUGAUGAUGGCACCAAUGAGCCCUAAUUCUCAAUCCUCGCGAGGGUAUAGAAGCCUACCUUACCCUUUAAAGAAAAAAGAUGGAAAAAUGCAUUACGAAUGUAAUGUAUGUUGUAAAACAUUUGGCCAGUUAUCAAACCUAAAAGUGCAUUUGAGGACACACUCAGGGGAGAGGCCUUUUAAAUGUAAUGUCUGCAAUAAGUCAUUUACUCAACUUGCUCAUUUGCAAAAACAUCACUUAGUGCAUACUGGUGAAAAACCGCAUCAAUGUGAUAUUUGUAAGAAAAGGUUUUCAUCAACAUCAAAUUUAAAAACUCAUUUGCGGCUGCAUUCUGGACAAAAACCAUACGCAUGUGAUUUAUGUAUGCAGAAGUUUACACAAUUUGUGCAUUUAAAACUUCACAAAAGGCUUCACACAAACGACAGGCCAUAUGUUUGCCAAGGCUGCGACAAGAAAUAUAUCAGCGCUUCGGGAUUAAGAACACAUUGGAAGACGACUAGUUGCAAACCAAAUAAUAUUGAAGAAGUGCUAGCUAUAACGAAUGCUGCUAAUACUGAAUGCAUGGGUAACGUCGACAAAGACUGCCACGAGAGAGAGGGGCAUGAAAGUUAUGAAGUGCACUCAGCCACGCAAGGAGGGGUGAUGACCGGUGGGGCUCGCAGCAUGUCGCACGGGGAGGCGAUGAUGGCAGGCCAAGCUCACACGACGACGCCUCACCUCACCGGCCACGGUCAGAUGUCGCCGGGGCCCGGCGGCCAGUACCGCGGCUUGAUGCCUCCGCAACCAGACCACGAGCAGCAUUACUCCGCGUCCGCUGAAACCCGACCCACUGUGAUAGAAUCCAGCCAACCACUAAUCAUAGAAUGUACUUGAGCGCUACCCUAUCUUUCAAACCCCAAAGUAGUCGUUGACACGCGCAUCCAAAUGCGUGUUUUCCCGCCGCAUAAUGUGAUUCCUGUCUUGUGAUCAAGUGAGAGUAUUCUUAAAAUUAUAAGAGACAUUCGUGUGAGUCGACUCGUCUCAUUCAGUGGCUAUGAGAUUAAGGACAUUAAUGUGUAAAUUUGUAUUAUAGUUUUAGUAUAAGCGCAAUGCGAUUUAAUUAAGUACUAAGUACUUACAUAGAAUUCAUCCAUUUUAAGACUAUCUAGUUCUAAUAGAAGGCCGUGGAAUACUUUAUUAAGGUCUCAGCCUUUUUACGCUAAUGCUCAAUUUUUUACUUAAACGUCUAUUGUAAAUGAAAUGUUUCGCCAUCGACUUUAUAUAAUUUAAUAGAAUUUUCUAAGAGCGUGUAUAUAGUUUGUAUAUAAUUAUCCUAUGUAAAACUAGACUGUAAUCUUCCUAUUAUUGUAGUUUUUAAAAAGAGCUAUGUACUUGCAGGUAACUUAAUAUAUUUUUGCAUUGUUAACUGCAACAUACUUACAUGUAAAAUGAUUAACAUUUCACCAAAGAACAUGUAACAGUUAUAUUUUGCCAUUCAAUUAUUUUGUCUGAUUAUAACAAUUAGACUUUGUCAUUAAAAAUCACCCUCGUUCCCCAUUAUAUCUUUCCUAAUCGAAAAUUUGAACACUUAAUAUAAAACAAGAAAUUAAAUUAGUAUUAGUGCCAAAAGCGCGAAAAUAUUUUUAAAUACUUUUAAGUUAUCCUAAUGAAAUAUUCGUAUCGUUAGUAAAUCAUUGUUCCUAAUGAAUAAUUGGAAAGUAAGUGCGUAUGUGCAACAACUUAAUUCUAAUAUUAAUUAGAUUAGAAUGAACUGUGUACAUUAUCCCUAUGCUAGAACAAAUGGUGCUUCACAUCGUAGAGUAGUAGUCGCUCACGUCAGUCGCCUUGAGAACUGACCGACUAUUUACUACACGUAAUUUUAAUUCACCGAGUUUACUUGUUAAUAUUUUAUAUUCCAAUUUCAAAUUAUUAAGAUUCUCCUAUUCGAAAAGGCUGAGAUUUGUAAUGUGACGAUUGGCAAAUGUAAUUAUAGGUACUGGUAUACUUAAUGUGUAAGUGUGUCAGUCUUAGAAUCUGGGAAGGUAUAAAUUAUACAUAAUGUAUAACUAAGCAGUAGCUUUUUCUAUAUUUAAUAUUCUUGCAAUAAAAUUUUAUAUGCAUUCACUUGUAAACUGAUAUUCUGUAUAUUUUAUACCAAGCAUUUACUUGCGAAACUGAUAAUUUUUUAACACGUUCAAUUUUAAUAUAAAUAAUGAUUAAUUACUGCUGAAAUGUUUAGGGAGAUUGUAUACUUUACCGUCAUUUAUAUGUGUGUUAAUGAUAUUAUGAUAAUUAUAUUUUCAUACCUUUAUUCGAAUAUAUUACAGCAUAUUAUACGAAUGAACUGCAUUAACAUAGUAUUGCUUAGUAGUCAAUGCCUUUGAUUGGGUUAAAGAAUAUUUUUAAAAUUAACCGGAAACACACAUGUAAUUGUUUUAGUGCCUGAAGUUUGUUUAAUAAUGAUCUGUCUUUUGUUGUAAAUUAUCAAUUAAUAGUUUAUUUCCGUAUAAUUUUAUCAGAGUCUAUUUCUCAAUCUUGUUAUUGUUAUUGGAAUUUAUAAAGUUUAAGCAUCAAUAUAUGAAGCAGAUUUUUGUCAAUGUUUUGUUGUAUGCUCCUUGAUUUAGGAUAGGAUACAUAAAAUGUAAUUUAUUUUUUCUUGUACUUUUAUCAGAUUUGUGAUUGUAUUUUAUUACAGUUUCAGACAACUUCUGCAUUGUAUCACUAGACUGAGCGCACAAAUACAGCACCAAUGAAUAUGAAUUAUUAUUAGAAUAAUCAUACAUAACACAACUAUCUAUUUUCCUAAUACCUCAAAAAUAUAGUACAAUCACAAUUUUUUUGCUUUUGUGACAUUUUUAAUUAUUUAUAUUCAGAUAAUUUUACUCAAAACUGUUAACUUUUUAUUUCAUGUAAAUAUGUAAAUUCAUUUUAUUACGCCACAAAAUUACGUUUCAUUUUUGAAUACGAUAGCAUCCGAUCGUAAAUUUUGUAUAAAAGUUAACUAUAGCAUAAGAUAGAAUGUUCUUACGUAAUUUAUAUACAUAUUAAGUACAAUAUGUCACUUAUGGUACAUCAAAAUAAGCAAUAUAUAUUAUAAUUAUUGUAUUUUAUAACUUCCGCUACAUAAAAUAUUUGCAAGUGCGGAAAAGUACCUUGAAAUGAGGUAUCUAAUAUGCCAGAAAUACCUAUAAUCACUAUAAAGGCCUGUAAUUUUGUACACUUUGAUCGACGGUUAAUAUUUUACAAUACCAAAUCGAUUAAAAGAAAAAGUAAAAUUGA